UUGAGUGCAAAUGAUCAAAGCAACGUGGUUUUCGCAAGCGGCGUGCACCCCGGGAUCGGCAGGCGUGGCGGAACACGGAAUUGUCAAGCUACUCUGUUUUUUGUUUCUUUUAACUUUUGUAUGAUUUCGGUCUAUUGGUUCACUAGAUGUUUGGGGGCCGAUGUCUCGGGUUCUCCCGCGUCACCUUGAGGGUUAACAGAAGAGGCGAAAACCGCCGUAUUACAAUAAUAUAGUGGGUGUGUCUAUUGAAUAGACUUUAAAGCGACAGCGGUAACGCUGUUGGGAGUCUGCUCUGAUGCUCGUGAUUAGCGAUUGGGCAGUCUCUCGAAAGCACAACUUUCUGUCUGUGAGCUGCAUUGCCACAGGAGAGCGAGCGGGAUUGCUGCUCGAGUCUUCCACUCUCUAACGAGGCAGAAUCCCCGAAAUCUGAGUGUGUGACAGAAAAACAGGGGAAGACCUAACUGAACGUCUGCAAUAUUUGUGGUAGGAGGAAAACGAUGAUCGGAAGUUUGCUGGCGAUGUAACUAGGCUCUCAGCGGAGGAAAUGGUCGCUGAUGCUAGACUAGGGUUGUGACAUCUCAAGAGAGUCUGUCCGCCGCCGCUGUAAUAACCGAGACUCACUGACAAAUUGGAGUUGCCUAAAGCAAUUUUAAAUUCGGUACUCGUUUCUUUUUUCCCUCUCGUUGAUUUCAGCCGCUUCCCGCCUACCCGUGGCUGGUCUGUCUUAAAUGAUAAAUUCAAUUUUUAACUCAACUUCUGCUGCCGAAUGGAAACCGAGUAACUUCCUGACCGAUAGGACUUAACAGAUCCGAGGGAGUACGAACUAACCAGAGCUGCGGACGAGUCAUAAGGAGCUCAAGAAUUUGGAAUCAGAAGUGAAACUGGAAUUGCUGGAAGAACUGAGCAGUAUCUGGCGGGGGCAGAGGAAAGAUUUGUUAGCUUCUGGAGUUGAGACCCCACAUCAGAUCCUUAAUUUGUUUGUAAAACCACUUUGUAACUCCACAAAGUGCCACCUUCUGCAGUUGGGUGAGACCAAAACUAUUAUAUCAUCCAAGAGGGGAUCAGAAGGAUUUUCAAAUCAGCUUCAUGAUGGAAUCCAGUGACUGUUGGACUGACCACUGCCUAAUUUCCUUUAACAAACCGGAACCAGCACACCUGUCAACAUAAAUCACUGUCAAUAGUCUACUGUGGUAAUUCCUCACAGGUAGGUGCCUCACAGACAGUCUGUGGACUCAUCCAGCAGGAGCCCCAGAAUGACCUGAGCAUUAUGGCCUGACCUGAAGCCUGGCAUUGGCACCAAGAAGAACUAGGACUGCAUUAAUGAGAAUGACUGGGAGAUCGAGCCAGCUUAUUAACCACUCAACACAGGCCUCUUAAAGGACAGUCCUGCAGGCAUCUGAAGCAUACAAGAUCCUGAGAGACUUUGCUACAGUAGAUGUGUUGAUGUUUCUUCAUAGAAGAUGCCACCCAUAGCAGCAUUGCAGUUAGCAUGAUGCUAUUACAGCUUAGGGCAUUGAAAUUCAAUUCCAACAUCAUCGAUUUCCAGCAUCUGCAGUUCUGAGCUCUUUUGGAUGCAUCCUCCCUCCUGCAAUCUGACAAAAGACCUGCAGGCAGACGGCUACAUGGCGUACACUGUAACCUCGGGCUCUGUCCCUGUACCGCUCACCAGCUCAGUCGAGUACUGCGUCUGUAAAGUGGAGUUGUCUGUGUCUGGCCAGAAUCUCCUGGACAGAGACGUCACAUCGAAAUCGGACCCUUUCUGUGUGGUGUUCAUGGAAAUCAAUGGAAAAUGGUCAGAGAUUGGGAGAACAGAAACUGCUGUAAACAAUCUAAACCCAGUAUUUGCCAAGAAGUUUGUGGUGGACUAUCAUUUUGAAGAAGUGCAGAAACUGAAGUUUGCCUUGUUUGACCAAGAUAAAUCCAGUAAACAGCUUUAUGAGCAUGACUUUCUUGGAGAAUUUUCAUGCACUCUCGGAGUGAUUGUUUCAAGCAAGAAGAUGACACAACCACUUCUCCUAACCAAUGGGAAACCUGCUGGAAAAGGAACAAUAAUGAUUAGUGCCCAAGAAAUCUCAGAUAAUAGAGUAAUCACCCUUAGCAUGGCUGGCAAAAAUCUGGACAAAAAGGAUCUCUUUGGGAAAUCUGACCCUUAUUUAGAAUUCUACAAACAAGAAGAAGAUGGGAAAUGGAUGCUAGUACAUAGAACAGAGGUUAUAAAGAAUACUCUUGACCCCAUCUGGAAGCCUUUCAGCAUGCCACUUGUGUCCUUGUGUGAUGGUCAUAUGGACAAAAACAUAAAGGUUCUCUGCUAUGAUUAUGAUAAUGACGGAGGACAUGACUUUAUCGGAGAGUGCGAGACCACGGUGGCCAAGAUGUCUGAAGCAGGUGACUCGGGCGAGGUAGAAUUUGAAUGCAUUAAUUCAAAGAAACAAAAGAAGAAAAAGACUUACAAGAAUUCGGGAAUAAUUGUUAUUAAAUCAUGCAAGAUCAUCAGGAAUUAUUCCUUUCUGGAUUAUAUCCUUGGCGGUUGCCAGCUGAUGUUCACAGUUGGGAUUGACUUCACAGCGUCCAAUGGAAACCCUCGUGAUGCCAGCUCUCUGCAUUACAUCAACUCCAUGGAAUCAAAUGAAUACCUUGCUGCUAUUUGGGCAGUGGGACAGAUCAUCCAGGAUUAUGACUCAGACAAGAUGUUUCCAGCCUUAGGUUUUGGUGCACAGCUACCUCCUGACUGGAAGGUGUCCCAUGAAUUUGCCAUUAACUUCAAUCCUACAAAUCCUUUCUGUUCAGGUGUAGAAGGGGUCGUCCAGGCAUAUACAGCCUGUCUGCCACACAUUCGAUUUUACGGACCCACCAACUUCUCGCCGGUAAUAAAUCACGUGGCAAGGUUUGCCAGCCAAGCCAUCCAGCAGGAAGCUGCAGCGCAAUACUUCAUCCUCCUGAUUAUAACAGACGGUGUUAUCAGCGACAUGGAUGAGACGAGACACGCUAUUGUGCAGGCAGCUAAGCUGCCCAUGUCGAUCAUCAUCAUCGGGGUUGGAAAUGCUGACUUUGCUGCAAUGGAGUUCCUGGAUGGAGACAAUAGUGUUUUACGAUCAUACACUGGGGAAGAAACCACGCGGGAUAUUGUACAAUUUGUACCAUUCCGGGAAUUUCGAAAUGCUCCUAAAGAAACUUUAGCCAAAUCUGUCCUAGCAGAACUACCCCAGCAAGUUGUUCAGUACUUCAAGCAAAGAAACCUUCCACCGGUUAAUCCUGAUUCAGCCUAACACCAAACCUUUUCCCUUCAAACUUGCAUGACUCCUGACCAGCCCGCCUGAAAAUGUUUACAAAAUUUCUGCAUGUUUUGCAGCACAUAGCACAUUUGUAACAUUUUGUUUCCAUUGCUUUAAAAAAAUAUUUCAAUGACUCAAUUUGUUUGUAAGAACAAUCUGGUGCUUUGUAAAAGCAUGACGAUUAACACUAAGUAAAAGUGGUCAACUUUUUUCCUUGUCACCACUGUUAAAAAGUAUUGAAUGUAUCUUUGUAUUUUUGGGUGUUACAUAUCUGAUUUUCUUUUAAUUGUUAAACGAAACACUGAAAAUAAUGUUACCAACUUGCAAAAAGGAUAAGGGAUAAAUUCUCUCAUUUUGUGUAUACAUUGUCCGUAUGAUUAAAUAAACUGUA